CUUCCUCUUAUUAAAUCCCUCCGCUUCACUCCGAACUGGUUUCUCUGUUAGUCUGGUUUGUUAGGGUUUUAUCAGGGUUUUAGGGUUUCUCCAGAGUGACCAUGGAUAGGUAUCAGAGAGUUGAGAAACCAAGGCCUGAAUCAACCAUUAACGAGAACGAGAUCAGGAUCACGACUCAGGGCCUCAUCAGAAACUACAUAAGCUAUGCUACCAGUCUUCUUCAGGAAAAGAGGGUGAGGGAGAUUGUGCUGAAGGCCAUGGGACAAGCAAUUAGCAAAACUGUGGCCAUUGCUGAGAUUAUAAAGAAAAGGAUGCCUGGAUUGCAUCAAGAAACCUCCAUCAGCUCCACAAGCAUUACAGAUGUUUGGGAGCCCAUCGAAGAAGGCCUUGUACCCUUGGAGAUGACCCGGCAUGUCUCUAUGAUCUCCAUCUCUCUCUCUACCAAAGAGCUUAACAAGAACUCGCCAGGGUAUCAAGCUCCAGCCUCCCUUGAGCAGCAUCCACCCCAGCAACAACAAAAGGUGAAUCAGAUUCCUGUCUCACGUGGGAAUGCAGAGUCAUAUGGCCAAGGAGAUUUAUAUGGACGGGGGCGAGGACGAGGUCGUGGCAGGGGAAGAGGCAGGGGUUGGGGUAGAGGUUAUAACAAUCAAGGGUAUGACAACCAAGGGUACAACAAUCAAGGUUAUAACCAAGGAUACGGUAACAAUCAAGUAUAUAACAAUCAGGGUUAUAACAACCAAGGAUAUCAAGAAAAUGGAGGGUGGAACAACAAUUAUAAUUGGAACCGAGGAGGUGGUCGAGGAAGAGGGUGGGGCAAUCGUGGUGGCAGAGGAGGAUAUGAGAGAGGUAGGGGAGGAGGAAGGGGCUAUGGUCGAGGGCGUGGAAGGGCGGGCGGGAGGGGCAGAGGAGAUUGAGGUCUCUCUCACUCUCUCUCAGCUCUAGGGUGCGGUUUCUCCCUUCUUUUGGAAUGUGGCUCUCUUUUGGAAUGUGGCUUUGCGCUGGAUUAGGCUUGCUUGGUUUCUAUGGUGAGAAUUAUUGCGACCGUCUUUGAGCAUAACUGUGGUUUCUGCAUUAGAGUUGCAUUGUUUAUGGUUCUCUAUGUUUAUGACAGAAUGGAGGCAGGCUUUACUUUCAUUAUGGUUGGGAGAUAUGGCCUUUGUAUUAUUUCCCUCCUUUCAUACACCUAUCAAUGUAUUCAUAUCCAUUUUCCAUAUGGAGUGAUUUGGAUUUUGGGUUUGAUUAAUUUGGGUUUAGCAGGGCUCAUUGCGAAGGACUCAUCUUUGUUUUAUUAA